AUGCGAACUCGAUUUCUCAACAUUGACUACUUCAGCUCCGCUCCAAUCCAAACCCUAGAAUUCCUCCGCCUACCACUCCCUCACCUCCCUCCUCCGAAUCUCUCCAACUUCGAAGACCUUCACUGCUUCAAUGACGUCUCUGUUCUCAACAUCUCUCUCGAAGUUGAGAAAUUACCGGUCGAUAACGCUCUCUCCAAGUUCUUCUCCGAUGUUCUUCCUCAAAACAUCAAUAUCGAAAUUUCGGAUUUCGCAGAGACUCAGGCUUCCGGUGGAAAAUAUUGCUUCAAUGAGCCGAGAAGUUUUAGUUCUAAAAAUUGUGAUGAAGUUCGGGCUUCGGAGAAAGAUGAGGUUCUUUACAAAGAGAAGUCACUGAGGAAUCAGACAACUCUAGAAUCUGAAGCUGUAAAGGAGGAAAAUGGUAGCAGUUUUGGUUGUUGUGAACUACUCCAGUUUGAAAUGCCAGAGCUGGAUCAGUCCUUGGAAAACUCUUGCUCUUGCCAACAAGAGAGGAUGCAAAUUUUCUCUGAAGUUUUAGAAGCUGAUAUUAGUGAAGAUAUGCUCAGUCCCAUGCUCAAGGUGCAGAAUCUCUUGGAGAUUCAUGAAACAGUUUAUUCGGUAGAUGGUGUCAUUCUGGAAUACCAUAUUGAGCAAAAGGCUGAUCUGUUGGACGAUGGUGGUUCAGCUGGGGGCCAAGUCCAUCCCUAUCAGAGUGCAUUUCCUCUUUUGGAAGUGGAUGAGACAAGUUUGGGAAUUUCAAAUAGCAUGCCUAUAGAGGAUGAACUUCUACUUCUUGCAAAUGUUGAAUACCAACAUUGGCCAGAAGAAAAUGUGGUACUGGGUGAUGGGAGGGAACUUUUGGGUUCCACAGAAUUUGACAUAUUAGAGUAUCUUUUAGACCAUCAUCCCUUGAAGGCGUGUUUUGAAGCUGAGCUGUUAGGCUCAAAGUUUGUUCUAGAAACCGACUUUAUUAGUGUUAUAGAACAUUCACCUGGGGAAGGAAACUCAGGAAUUGAUCGAGGCAGACAAGAUGAUGGUUUUAUUUGGUCAAAUAACUCAGUUCUGUUUGAGGAUUUCUAUUUUCUUGAUUUGGACUCUUCUCAGUUUUUUGAAGUCCUCUCCAGCUUAGCAGCAAACAUUGAAGCAGAAAUAUGUGAACAGAUGUUUGGGAAAUCUAUGAACUUCAAGGAUUUUAAUGAAUUGGUUGUUACUCAAGAGCUCACUUUGUUAGAUGACUCUUUCAUAUCAUUGCCCGUGCCUAUUAUUUCUGGUGAUGAAAAGAUAAGGUCACUGGAUGCGUUUGUUAAGGCAACACUAUCAGAGUUGGAGCCACAGCCUUUCUCUGCAUCAGAUGGAAUAUAUUUAGACUGGCAUCUGUUGGAGGAAGGAAAUAGCAACUUUGGUAAAUAUUCUUCUUGCUGGAAAAUUUCGGAUGAGAUAGAUAUUUAUACCAGUGUUUCUGAUUUGAUAUCUAACGAUGGUGGGAUGCUGGGUUCCUGUAUGUCCUNUGAGAUAGAUAUUUAUACCAGUGUUUCUGAUUUGAUAUCUAACGAUGGUGGGAUGCUCGUAUUUGAUUUUGUUUUCUCUAAUGAUAGUCCAAAUAGGCCAAAAUUAGGAGAAAUCAAGGAAAUUCUGGACAUACCUUCUGGUGGCAUAUCUAGGGUUCCUGUAUGUCCUGAUGAUGUUUCCUCAAGUAGGUUGCCGAAUGAUGAAUGUCAAAAAGGGCUAAUGGGAGAAGUCUCAUCUGACAUCGAGACUGAGAAGGUUACACAGUCUGUUGAAUCCAUGUCACAUUUUAAUGAUCUUGACUUUUUCUUAAACCCUCUGGAGUCUACUGGUGGGAAAAAUCAUAAAGCUGUGGUCAAGGCACUUGAUAUGAAAGCUACAUUUCCUGUGGUUUCAUUAACUGAUUCAAUGGCAGCAGGUGCUACCAGUGUAGUGCAAUCUCAAAAAUGGGAUAUCAUCUUGCACAAAAUUAAAUUAUCGGCUGAUAUCUUGGCCCUUAUUGAUAGUUUACAAAAGAGCUGUCUAGCCAUCUUAGAGAAUGACACCGAGCUGACAGAAACACAAUGUACAUAUCCUGUGGAUGAUUCUACUAUGUUAAGCCUUUCAAAAGAUAAGCUAAUGGACUGCAUUAAGAAAACAAGUUCAAAAAGAACUCGCUUGGCUCAUGGUGAUGACCGACUUAUGGCAUGUGUGACAUUGUAUGCAAUUAAACAGAUGGCUUGGUACCUGUGUUACUAUGGCAUUCAUACUGCAUACCUAUAUGUAGAUCAAGUAUGUCGAAGCCUGCGGUGCUUGAAACUUAGACUAAGUUGCCUACACAAUUUGAUUGAAGAUGCACACAGGAAGGCUGAGAUGAAGAUAUCUGAGUUCCAUCCAUCACUUGGUGUUAUACAUGCGAUUUUGCAAUCAAACUUGAGCAAGAUUAGUUUGAAAAUAUUGAUUGUGGCCGAGCAAGUUAUGUGGUGGCCAUUGAAGCGGUUGUUAACUUCCAUGAAGAUCUCAUAUAACGAGCUGCAAAAUUUUCAUGCACAUACAAGUCAACAUGAUGCAUGUUAUAACAGUGAGUACACAGAUACUGCAAUGGAUGCUGUGUUUCGUUCAGAUUGCUACUUGGUAUCCCCUGAGCAUGUUUCUGCAUCAUUUCCGUUUGGAAUAUUUGGCAUUAUCUUGGAAUAUGGAGGUUCAUGUGGAUCACCUAGAAUAUGGACUUUAUCUUCGAAGGUUGCUGGUUCCCCUAUUCUUCAUUUCCUCAAGAAAGGAGAUCCACAUUCUAUCUCAACCCUGAAUGAGAUCAACCAGUUGGAAGAAUUGCUAAACUUCAUACCUGUUGAGGAGGAGCACAAGAUGGAAUAUUUGGAUUCUGCAGAUGAUGUUAAAGCUUGCUAUAUGCCUCUGCGAGUUUCAUGUGUGCCAGUGGCUAUGGAGUCAAAGCAAACUUGCACAAGCACACCUUCCCAUAACACUAUAAUUGUUGUGAACACGCAAAAUUUUGAUACGGAAAUGAUAAUUUCCAGGAGAAGCACAUACCAAAGGAUUCUUGCAAUGGAGAAAGAAGGAGCACAAGUUGUUGAAAGAGAUUUAAAUCUGCCUGUAGACGUUAUAGUUAGUGCUGCAGUUUGCCUAGCAUGGUAUGAUUGCAGAAACAUUGGAAAGAAGGCAACACCUUCAAAUGAGCCUUCUUCAUCCUUACCUUCAUGUAUUGAGAAUAUUGCGGCAAAUGUUCUGACUUCACUGAGUUUUACUUUCAAGAGCUGCAUUCUGGUCUUUGAAGGAGACUGCAGUUUCCUUGCUGGCAUAAUGGAAUCUUCAGAUGAACUGUAUGCUGCAGCGGCUAGCCUGGGUGUCGGUUUUCAGCUCUUCUGCUCCUAUUCAUCUGAGAUGACUGAUGAAAUCUUAUUAAGCUGCAUUGGAUAUGCUGUUAAAUUGACUAGAGGCCUGUAUCCUAAAAUGCCCGAAUCAGAAACUCUAGCAGAAUCUUUUCUUACGGCAUUUCCUUCGAUUAAUCCACUUUCAGCUCAUGCGAUUCUAUCUUCAGGAGGCGUGCUUGUUGAGUUCCUUCAAUGGUCACAUGAGCAUAGGAUUCGUGCAGUUGAAAAAUAUCAUGUUCCUGAUGAAAGUGUCAUGUUAUUAAGUGCUUUGGUCAGAUAUGGAGAGCGGGAGGAUUCUAAAUCUGGAAUGACAGACUGCUCCUCUUCUGUAUCGUCUGUGCCAGAUUCAGAGAAUUGUCGUGGUAAAAGUGACUCCGAGAGGAGCAAAGGAAAAUGCACUAGAAGUUCUCAUCACACCCACAUACCUGUGGAAGACUUAUUGUCUUUCAAGUCAUUAAAGCUAUUUACGGAAGGCAGUCCGAGUGCUCUUAGAGAAUUCAAGCAAUAUAACUCUUGGAUUUCAACAAGUCCUGAAAAGUUUGAUGACGUUGGGAAAUGCAACAUGUCAUUUGAUGAUAUAUUGUUCAGUCAAAAACAACAACCUGAUAUAAAUAGUAUGAAGAAUCCUUCCAGAGUAUGUAAGCCAUAUGAUUUCCAGAUGCCAGAAAUUGAAAAAAUCGGUCUACCUAUGAAUGAUAUGUUUUUGGGUAAAGAUCAGGGAUUAGAUAAAACAGCGAUGACUAAGUUGGAUGGGCGCAAUAAUACUAUAUCUGGAAGUCUGCAGCAUAAUUUUUUUGGUGAAGUUAUUGACAUUAAUGAUAAGGAAUUUUCAAUUGCAAACUCCUCAAGUUUUUUGCCUUUGGUGCCUGAGAUGAAAAGAGAUUCUGCUGCAGGAAUUUCUACGACUGCAAGAAGAUUGUCAUUUGGUACAUGCAAUCUUCCUACUUUUCCAACAGCUGCUGAAAUUAACUCUGAUUCGGAUGCCUGUAUUUUUAUUGGGGAUCCUGGACAAAGUUUGAGGGAUGGAAUUAAUCAGCAUUCAGAUGCAUAUUUCAACAAUGACAACAUGCCUCCAAAGCACCCACAUAAACUUUCAGAGGAGGGCAAUCUGAAAAUUUCCACAAGUUUUCAUAAUCCGUCAUUCCAGCAAAAGGAUAUGAGACAUUAUGGUGGAACUCCCCUUUCAAAUGCCAUUUCCUCUGCUCAACAGCAGCAAGGAUCACCCUGGACAAUAGAAUUUCUGAACAGAAUCAGGGAAAAAAGCAGAUUGCGUCAGCAGUCUCUGCCACACGACUUUUCUGCCCCUUGUUUUCGGUAUUCUGGGAAUAUAUCAAAGGCUACUAAGAGGAAAAGUCCAUCUAUUCUUGACUUUUACAAGUACCAAGGUGGCAGCACUCCCAAGAAAAUUAUUGAGCAAAGGAGGCAAAAGCGAUCUAUACAGCCUUCAAGUUCAUCCAAGAACGAGAAGACUUCAGCUUCCGUUCGUGCAACAUGGACUCCAGCUGAUAAGAGAGCAAGAAGGACGCUAUCAUUUGCAGCAAAUGGAAGUGGAGGUCAAAGUAAGCUGGUCUGGAGUGACAAGGAUGGUAUCCCUCUGAGCAGAAGAUCUUACCAUUGAAGUUUUGGCAGAGGGAACCUGGAGUGACUGGGCACCUACUGGUGCAACAUUUAUGGGAAGCAGACAUAUAACUUGAGAUUUUG